GUCAAUACGUUCGAGGUCUUGAACAGUUUUUGAGAUUGAUUUUUUUUUGGCUGUCGCAAGAUUGUUGAUUUUUUCUUCUCCAUUCCUAUUCCCUGCUAAAUAGUCCACCAUGAAAUUGACAUUGGCUAUUAUCGCUAUCAUCUUUUGCAUUGGAACAGUUUCAGCUGUGAAGUUGCCUCCAUGCUGGGCUUAUUUACAAGAACAUGCUUCUAUUUUGGAACAUGGUGAACCUCAUAUGGUUGGUGGCUAUACGCCUCAAUGUGAUGAAGAAGGUUACUACAAAUUGAUGCAAUGCAGUGGAAGCACUGGAUAUUGCUGGUGCACAACACCUAUUGGUUUGAAAGUACCAGAAACUGAUCGUCGACCAGGCCAUGCAAAUGGAUUAGAUUGCAAAGCCGAAGUUGCAAAGUAUGCUAAUAGUUCAUAAUGGUAGUCCAUGAGAGACAUACGGACGGUAUCAAAAAAAUUAUCAAAAUUGCAACAGUAGUAAUAAUACGUAUAGAUUCUGCAAUAGAUAAAAUAAUUAUACACGUAUAAAGGAUAAUUGUUUUUCGUCCAAUAAUCAAUCAUGAUUCUACCGUUUUUCCCCAUUAAUAUUGUAAUUUAUAUAACUUUAGAUGAAAAUGAAUUCUAUUAGACAUUAUGAUCCGAACGCUGUUUUCUUUAAACCGUGGUUAAUAACACUCUUCAAUUAAUUUAAGUCAACAUCGAUUUUAACAAGCAAUUAAUAUUACCAUAUAAUUUACAGUACUUUUUUGUCGUUCGUUCGAAUAAUAGACUAAUAAUAAUUUUAGAUCCAGGCAUUUUAUAAACAGUAAUAAAAAUAGGCUUAGAACAUUCAUA